AUGAAGCUUCCGAACCCUGUUUCCAUGGCUACAGCAGCCUGUAGUGCGUAUCAGGCACGCAUUUCGUCACUUGCUGCCUCGAUUACUCCAAGAGUUUUGCUGUCGUCCAGUGGAACUGGCAACUAUGGAGAGUCUGGAAAGGCUGACUUUUACACGAUUGAUGAACUGCCGAUGGCACUACCAAAAGAGGACUCGUCAUUCAAUAAAGAAGAACUCCAACGGGUUGAUAUAGAGCUGGGACCCGAUCGACAAGCUUUUGUUAUUGACAAUGUGUUGACGCCGGAAGAAUCGGAUGCUCUGGCGGCUUGUGCUGAGGCAAUCCUCGAUUCGAAUGGGCAUUCCAGAGUGGCUCCCGGCAUUCGUACUCCUCCUGGCAUGCGUAUCAACGAAGCCGCUCAUUGGUUCCCGCCCCUUGAAUCAUCAUCCUUUCUAGCCGCCAUUUAUCAUCGGAUAGAACAUUUAGUUCCAAAGUCCGUGGAGGGUCCUUCUGGACGACAAAUCCCACUGUACAAAGAACUCAAUGGAAGGGUUGCACACUACAAAUAUAACAAGGGAGAUCAAUUCAACCGUCACAUUGAUGGCCUUUUUCCAGGGCAGGGUGCCAACCCAGAAGGCAAUGGUGUGGAUGACUGGACGGGUGUUGUUUCAGGGUUUUCUCUUAUCUUUUAUUUGAACGACUUGGAGGACGGAUUGGAGGGUGGUGAAACUCGACUGUGGUCCAGGGAUGGUUCUGUAUACAAAGAUAUUACACCGCGUAAGGGAAGAGUACUAGCAUUCCGUCGUGGGAGUCACGAUGCGGUCCUCCAUGCUGGUUUGCAAGUGACUGGAGAUGUCCCAAAGUACAUGGCACUCAUUUAUCUCAUGUAUGGUGAACGAACUGGUACACGGCCCAUGAUGCACUAA